GGAAAGCCAUUGUCUGAGCAAAACGCCGGCGUCGCCCCUACCGACCGCCAUGAGUGAAGUUCCCGAUGCCCCUACCGACGUCGACGUCGCCCUUGCCCUUACCGACGUCGAAGCUGCCGGCGCCGCGGCGGCGGCGGCCGAGAGGGCAAUCAAGAGGCAGCGUCAGAUGCAGUCGACAGGAGGGGAAGCCGGCGAGACUCAACCUCGCGUGAUACUGUCGGAGGGGCUUGAUUACCUGAAGCACCUGAAUACGCUAAAGGAUAUCGUACGAACAGAAAACCACACCCUAAUACGCAGAUCGUUGUCUGAUGCGAGAUUGGCAAUCGACGAAAUGCAGGAGAAGCUUAAGCUAAAUAGACAUUGCUUUUUGGCGGCACUGGAGAGGAGCUAUGAAAAGUGCGAACAGAAAUUAACCGAGGAGAAGGCGAACUUGGACCAACUUUUUGAGGAGCUUGUCAAGUGCAAAGCUUCUCACGACCAGGCUUUCAAUGAUGCUCUCUCCAAAUUGAAGGCGGAAAGCGAACGACUCGUUGAGCAGUAUGACCAUUCAAGACAGAGUGCGGAGUCUCUGGCAUUAUCAUUUGCCGGCCAGAUUGAUAAACUAGAAGAGUCCUUGAAUAAGAGGGACCAGGAUGACAAUGUUUCAGCCAAGAUGGUGGUGGAGGCUAGCAAACUUGUGCCAUGGCUUCGGGCUCAGCCUUCCACCAUGUCAUAGUGUCUAUAGUCAUAUAUGCUAGUGAUUUGUAAGAGUCGAACUAGAUUUAGACUGCUGAGCAAUUUGUGUCAACUGUGUCACUGUUGGAAUUGAAAAGUGGGCAUCUUUAGAGUUUUCACGUGUUACUUAGUUGGGGGUUUUUUUGCGAGACCACAUUAACGUUGGUCUAUCAUGAACCAAUAUUUCCUCGUGAAUGCAAAGCACCGUUUCAGGACCCUGGCAGCUGUUGCCUGCUUUUGACAAAAUUUGAUCUGUCUGUUCUAUGCAGAAAAUGCUGAGGUCUCCUUUGUAGAAGAUGCAUAUUUGUUUUUUGGGGUACAUUGGAGCAUUUAAGCGGAAAGCUUGUGGCGGUCUGACAUUUUCUUUUUGGCUAUUGUGGAGUUCGUACAUGUAGAGCCUCGCUGAAUAUCUGUGCGUUGGUUAAUGAAUAAAAGUUCCUCCUCCCUGUGCUCUUCCUGUUGCUGUUGAGAUCUCUUGCUCAGGAAAGUCUGAUGCCAUUGCUAGGGCGAGGCAUAUGCUCUCUGGUUUAGCCAUUCCUCCUCCCGGCGUUAUGUUAACUAUUUGGGUUAUAAACAUGUAAGGACGGUUUAUUGGAUUUUGUUGUGCAUGCAGCAAUGUCUAACAAAGUAUACAUAUUUGACGGAGAAAUUGGGGCAGGAAGUUCUGCUCACCUUGACUGCCGAAAAGCCCUGCAUAUUUGGAUGGAAUGUUUGCAUCUUUUUAUGGUUAGAGUAUAAGUUGCACCCUGUGGUAAAUGAUGUUCAUGCCGUGCUUUAAGAUGAGAUAUUGGUCGAGAUGUCUAUAGAUGUUUCCAACUGUAUCCUGGAUGGGCUUCGUCAAGGAGGGUAUGGUUUUUAGAGUCCUUUCUUUGGCUAACAAAUGUGCCAAACUAAGUGUUGGGUUUACGUUGCAGCAAAUAUAAGUUGGGUAACGAUCUGCUUGAGGGAAUUCAUCCGGUUACUGCAGCGGAGGCACUUUGUUUGGGCGUCACGGCU